CACCCAUCCGUCCUUGCUAAUCAUAAGAUCUGUGACAUACAGCAGGGAGUGCCCUUUGCAGGGAUUUAUAUAUAGCCGGCAAUAGCAUCUUCCUUACAGAGCAGACCUGCUUCUCUUAUUGGUACAGCACCUGAACGAAAUGAAAAUCCUAAUUCUCCUCUCCCUGGUAGUCCAGGCCUUCGCUCUACCCAACAGAAGACCUGGUGAGUCCAUAACUUUUAAUAUUACUAUAAAAGAUUAUUUGUUAAGCACCAACAACAUUUUCAGUGCAGUACGAGUUCAGAAAUAUGGACAGUAACACAGUAAAAUAUUUAGAUUACAAAAAGUAUUGUGACACCUGCCUGUGAGCUUACACUCUAUUUUAUGUUACGGUUCUAUUCACUAAAAUAAUAUUUGCGUAGCGCACACAACUGACUUGUACUAUUUAUGCCAAAUUAUCAGAGUUUGCAAAAAAAUGUCCAACUCCACUUGAUCAAGGAUUUUAUUUCUAAGUUACAGUAAGACAAUUUUGGUAUAAUUUUUUCAAGUUAAUUAUAAACUAACCAAAAAUAUCUAUUUGGGAUUUUGACCUCGAAAAAGUUUAAAGCGAAAGUCCAUGAAUUACCUUACAAUCUUGAGGAACACUCAAAAGGCACAAAAAUGGGUAAACCAGUGCACUGAAAAAUAUAUUUUCCUGAGAUUUGUUUCACAGAUUGAGAAAAAAUAAUAAUAAAUAUUAAUAUAAAAAUAUAGAUGUUUUUAAUGCUCCCCCUAUUUUCCCUUUAUUGCUCACUUCUUUUAUUUACUUGAUCUGUGGAUAAAAUCAGCAUUUACAGGGUUAUUCACUUUCAAUUAUUGAGAAUUCAGAGUUAAAGUGAGAAUUCAAAGUGAGUAUUUUUCCAGUUUGUCUAAUGUGACCAGAAAUUUGAAAUUUACCUCAAAUAAAUUUUAAAUUCACUUUAAAUUCUCACUUUAGUGACUAACCAUGUUAGUGAUCAUUCACUAGUCGUCAAUCAACUUUAUUCCUAUCAAUUAUCUUUUGGUAAUUUGGGCGGAAUUCUGAAUCACGAAUCAAAACGAACACGUUCGACCAUUGCUUUUGGGUCAGAUUUUGGGAAUUCAUACGAUAACCCAACUGGCCCAAAUCCAGAAAUAAACUUCUUAAUGGGGACUCAAAUCUGUUCCUCGGUAUCAAGCAGAGAAAUUAUAAAAGCCUGAUCCCACCUCAUUCCACACUGUUUGUUGCAUACAAGAUUCUCAAAAACUACAGUGACUGUAUUCUAGUAGCCAGACAAGGAGGAGGAGGGAUACCACUCUGAGUAAGUCUUAUAUCCAGGCUAAAAAAAACUUUAUGUUGCAAAUUCCUCAUAUUAAGUUAUGUAGCUGUGUUUACUGUAUAUAGGGUAUUUUCCCGAUACACAAACAAUGAUAUACUCUUGUUGCAUUUUGUGAGGCUACAUUGACAAAAAAUGCCAACAUGUUCCAAUAGAAUACACUUACAUAUUUAAUUUAUUUAUUAUGUGUAACUUAUGAGAGUUGGUGUAGGGUUCUUUUAAAUUUCUAUUUCUCUAAUUCUCAAUCUAUUUACAGAAAGUAAUGAUGUCAGACCAGGCCGUCCUAAUAUACCUGCACCUGCUGGGAAUUCACAUUCUCAAUCCGGCGAACCUCAAUUAAACGUGCAACCCCAAUUCAGUAAUUCACAUUCUCAACCCGGCGAACCUCACUUAAAUGUGCAGCCCCAAUUGAGUAAUUCAGGUGUAUCUCCAAGCCAACAAAGCAUCCCUGAACAGUCUCUAAGCCAGUCCAAUUUCUCAGGAAUAGUCUCAAAUCUAUCCAAUGCCCUACUAGCAUUAAGUCAGUUAAAUAUUUCAAACGCGUUCGUAAACCAACUUAAUAUCUCAGAAUUGCUCCAAAGCCAAAGCAGUAUCUCAGAAUUGCUCAAAAACUUCCCCAAUAUCUCAGGAAUGCUUCCAAGUCAACUCUCAGGAUUGCUUCCACGCCAACUCUUAGAAUUGCUUCCACCCCAAAUCAAAGAAUUACUCUCAAGUCAAUUCAAUAUCUCAGAAUUGCUGUCAAGCCAACUCAAUGUCUCAGGAAACACCCAACCCUUACCUAAUGUCAUCGGAAACAAGCCACUAGAUAACGCACCAAACAGACCUCUAAAUGGGCCAAGAUUUCCUCCUCAUCAACGUCCAAAUGAAAAUGAUAAUGGUGGCAAAAGGAGAUAUCGUAGGUCUGUUAUCGCUAACACUGCUGGAGUGGUACCACAAACCAGUAAUGUCCCACCACAAGGAAACUUUGUUACCGUGAGUAUAUUUUAAUAAUAUAUCAUUCCUAUUUUACUGUAGUCAGUUAUUACUGUAAUAUUAAUGCAAUUAUGUUAAAUUAGUUUCUACAAUAUGUGCAAAGUUAUCAAGAUCGCUAGUUAAAGGAGAGACCAGUUCCUAUAUGCUGUUUAAUAUUAAAUCUGCAAACUUGUUUAAAACACUGAAUACAAAAAGAUGUCUAUUAUCUAUCAAAAUUCAUAUAUCUAACGUUUAAAGGGACAUGUUAGGCAUCAGAACCGCUACAGCUUACUGUAGUGGUCCUUAGGCAGAGAGCCUGUCUCUGCAGGCUCAGCAGUGUGAGCACUGCCUUUUCUCAGAAAAGACAGUGUUUAAAUUGCUGUUUAAUGUCACCUUAAUGGCAGGAGCAAUGCUCAGCAUCUUCAUACUCCGCAGAUGUUUCCUGUCACCAAACCCAGUACAGCAUGACUACUGUGUGUGUUUAUACCGCCCCUCUAACAAAUUGCCUAAUCAAUAAACCUUUCAUUUUCAAGUUUCCUAGGUUUAUUUUUAUGAACCUAAAUUAAGUGGCCAUAGAAAAAAAUGUUUUCUCUGCAGAAUAAGACUAUUUUGUUUAAAUUAAUCUGUUUUAAGUGAAUCAUUCUGUACGUCCAAAUCUUUCUGCAGGGAAGUGGAAACGUAAAUGUCCCUAGCUUAUCAAACAAUUCGGGAAAACCUUUUGGACAAGAACAAAACAAACCUCAAAAACCAGGACCUCAGGCUGGUGGCAUCCAUUUGGAAAAUAAGCCUAAUGAGAAAAAACCUCCACAAGGAAUUAAGACAAGAAACUGGUAGGUUGUUUCAGCCUUUUUACUUAAAUGUUUCUUUCCAUGUCGGUUAAAAUCAUGAAAUGUUUAACUCACUAAUUGACAGGCCGGAUAAUUAACAGCAAUACAAGAUGUUUCAAAUCAUUGCCGACUUUUGAUAUUACACCUCAUUUUAUCUAUACUACUUGCUUAUUUGAUUUUAUUUUAAAUAUAAUAAUAAUAAUAAACAAAUGUAUUGGCAGUUUAUGCAGCUGGCCAUAACUUGUGAUCAAUAUAUACUUAUUAUUAAUGAAAGACUUAUUGUCUUCAGUCUGUAAUUAAUUAACUUUAAAGGUCAAUGAUAGUUAAUGUGUAUUGUACAGAUUAAUUAAAAUGGUUAUUGUCUUAAUUAAUAUAUAUAUAUAUAUAAAGACAAGACCUAACCUUUAACUUUUACUGACGAUGUAUACACUAAAGAAAUUAAUCCUGGUAUUUUUGCAUAUUUCCAGAAAGAAGACCACCAGCAAUGGAAGACUAAUUGUCAAGCUUGGGUCUCUACUACAUUUUGAUUGAUGUUUGAAAUUGCAAUAUAGUUAUGAAUGAAAAUAAAUAAAUCAUACCAGAGCAUUUAUCUUGUUUUGUCUUUGAUAUAAAUAUGCACCUUAUUUAGAAAAGACCGACACUCCUGGAUUUAUAAUCAAUGUCGUUCCUUUAUUGCCAGAGACAUC